GCCAUCUUUGAUAAGGGAAGGGGACCCACGGGAUGCUGACAACUUUCUCUCUCUUCACCUGACGCUUGCUUUGCAUUAUGGCGGAUUCUGCGCCGACGCCGCACGGGACUGGCUUCCCAGCCGAGGGCCGGUGCAGUUACUAUGUGGCAAAGAAGAAGAGGUUCUGCAGGAUGGUGGUGGCAGUCGGGAAAAGGUUCUGUGGCGAACACGCAGGUGCCGCGGAGGAAGAAAAUGGUCGGAAGAGAAUCCUAUGCCCUUUAGAUCCGAAACACACAGUGUAUGAAGAUCAGCUAGCAAAGCAUUUGAAAAAAUGUAAUUCAAGAGAGAAGCCAAAACCGGACUUCUUUGUUCAAGAUAUUAACGCAGGCUUAAAGGAUGAAACAGAAAUACCUGAACAAUUAGUUCCAAUUUCUUCUCUCCCUGAAGAGCAGUUGGAAAAUUUAAUUAUGAAAUUGAAAAAAGCAAGUGAAGGUCUGAACUCUACCCUUAAAGAGCAGAUUAUGUCCCAUCCAGCAUUGCAUGAUGCCGUCACCGACCCUAAAAAUGGCGAUUCUGCAACCAAACACCUGAAACAGCAGGCUUCUAUUUUAGGUAACAUUGAAAAAUUAAAGUUACUUGGUCCAAGAAGAUGCUUUGUUGAGUUUGGAGCAGGAAAGGGGAAAUUGUCUCAUUGGGUUGAUAUUGCCUUAAAAGAUGCUGAGAAAGUUCACUUCAUCCUGGUAGAAAAGGUGACCACAAGAUUCAAGGUCGAUGGCAAACACAGAAAGAAAAAUUCAGUGUUUGAGCGCCUUCAGAUUGAUAUUCAACACCUGUGUUUGAACAAGGUUCCCGUGCUCCGCAGAGAAAAGCUGCCCGUGGUGGGAAUUGGAAAGCACCUGUGUGGCGUGGCGACAGAUCUUGCGUUACGAUGUUUGGUUGAAACCUAUGGUGCCCGUUGUGAGGAAAGGAAUGAAGAGCCUUUAGCCAAACGCAUAAAGAAUGAUAAAACAGACCAAGAAAUUAACACUUUGGCCGAGGAAGGAGGUGAAAAAACAGUCCCAGAGAAGUGGAGCCCUGUGGCCGGCAUUGUCAUUGCGCUCUGUUGUCACCACAGGUGUGACUGGAGACACUAUGUGGGCCGAGAGUAUUUCCGGGCCCUCGGCCUUGGGGCCGUUGAGUUCCACUAUUUCCAGCGGAUGAGUAGCUGGGCGACAUGCGGCCUGCGGGACGUGCCCGCGGAGGCCUCGAGGGCCACCCCAAGGAGAGGCGACCUGGGCGAGGACAGCGAGGAGCAUGACAGCGGGGGACACAGGGUCACCGCCGACCCCGCCGAGAGCCUGCCUGGGUUUCUCACUGCUGAAGAGAAGAAGAAAAUAGGGCAGCUGUGUAAACUGCUGAUUGACCGCGGCCGCGUGGAGUACCUGCGGCGGAAGGGCUUCCGCCCCGCGCUGCAGCGCUACACGGAGCCCGCGGUGUCGCCGGAGAACGUGCUGCUGACCGCCCUGCCGGGCGAGCCUUGCCCGGCAGGAGCGACCGCCUAG